AUGGCUGGUUUACUAGCUGCAUACGGUUAUAGAACAUACCUUGGUGGUUCUCAACAAACUCCUCUCUCUCCUACUUGUCACACUAAGGAAGAAGAAAACUGUAGCUCUGUGGAUUCUUGUGAUUCACUAUGCCAUUGCAAAGAAGUGUCUAAUUUAUCCAACUCUGACGUACAAGCAAAAAGUGGAGCUGAUCUAUGGCUUCUUAAUAGUUGCACCGUUAAGGGUCCCGCAGAAGAUCACUUUAGAAAUGCAAUAAUCACUGCAAAAAAGUUGAAAAAGCGGGUCGUCGUUGCUGGGUGUGUUCCACAAGGAAAACCUGACUCCGAAUAUCUCAAGGUACUUACUGUCUAUCUGCCUAACUUUAUAAAUCCUUUAAUCUAA